GCGCCGAUCUCAUGAGUGAGGGGAUAUCAGCUUCCACUUUUCAUAUAAAAAGCUCCGCGGGUGCCAAACGAAAUCAGUCUCAGUGCGCCUGUGAUCUAAUUACGUUUAGCCAUGGCAUCAGCUCGUAUGGUCGUCCUUUGCUUGGCCCUGGCGGUCGUAGCUGUGUCUGCACAGUUCGACGCUAACGGUUAUGGCUAUGGUGGACAAGGCGGACAGGACGGUGGACAUGGACAGUAUGGCGGACACCACCUUGAUUACUACCAUCACCCCAAGUACAACUUCCAGUACGGCGUCCACGACGACCACACUCACGACAUCAAGAAGCACUCUGAGAAGCGCGACGGCGACCACACCGAGGGCGAGUACUCCUUCAAGGAGGCCGACGGCACCACCCGCACCGUCAAGUACUACGUCAAGGGCAAGAGUGGCUUCGUUGCCACUGUGCACCACUCGGGUCACGCCAGCCACCCUGCUCAGACCAACCACUACGCCGGACACCAUGACAAUGGUUAUGCCGGCGGCUUCGGUGGCCAAUACUAAACGCGUAUCUCGCUCCUUGCAAUGCUAUAGUGACGCCGCUUGAGACUGUUAGAUCCUAUUCCUCUGUUAUAUUACCUCAAUAAAAAAUUAAUUUUUAGAAAA